UCCGUCGAACUUUUGUUUCUCUCAACUUCUGUGUUGUUGACUCUUGAAGCGAUCCAACCACAACAACAACGCGAUUCUCCGAAUAAAGUCCGUUACUUUCCCUGGAAGUUGAGAGAUUUAAUCUGAGAUUAUAAAGCAAAAUUACUACUGCUGCGACAUUGAGAGAUGCCUCGGGACUUGUCAAGAUCGAGGUCACCGUCUCCAUCACCUUCACUACGUCGCAGAAAGCACUCGAGGUCUCCUGUAAGGCAUAGGCAUAGCAGGAGGAGUAGAAGAGACAGAAGCCGUUCUCCAUACUCGUCUUAUUCAUAUAGCAGGUGAUUAAUCAUUGUAUCUCUGAGCUAUUCGUUUACCUUAAUUUAUUAUUGGUUUCUCCUCGUAUAUGUAAACUAAAGUGUACAGCGCUAAGCUCUAUACAUCUUUAUCUUUCUCAAGUGCUUUUACUAAAGAUUCCUACUUAUUUUCCUAUUCUUCUCCAACUGGGAAUGCUCUAUGUGGAUGCUACGGGCUCUAUCGUUACAGUUUAUUGAGUGAUGAUCUUGUUGGAAAAAUAUCUUAAUUUAUUUGAUUGUUUUGAGUCGUUUUGUCUGGAAUAUGUUUAUGACCUGAGCUUCGCGUUUUAGGCAAUGCAGUCUGCCUAUUUAGUAAAGGCGAAAUUUUGGUUGGGAUAACAUUACUGGUUUUGUGAUCUAGUUUCGCUCAUAAGUUCUAGUGAUAUCAAUGUUAUUCACCUCACGUUUAUGGUUGUCUUUGCGUGUUUCUGAGCAAUCGUUAUGAGAUUCUUUUUUAAAUGGAGAUUGUUAACAAUAACGAGACAAAACCACCAUAUAUUUCUUAGUAAGAUAUAAAAUAAUAUGUUGAGAACAUGACUGAGAAAUUAGGAAGAGGAUGCAUGCUCUUGCCAUUAUAUUAAAAGCUCAAUAUCUUCCCGUUCUAUGGGAGGGGAAGUGAGCAGGUGAUGGAUUGCUGUUGGGUGUUCUUUCAUUGAUCCUUUGUCACAUUAGCUUCUUCAUGUGGUAAAAAGUUGGAGCUGAUUAUUCUUAACACUGUAUGAGACGAAAAAGUCGUUCUAUUUCUCCUAGGCGCCAUCGGAGUCGAUCUGUUACUCCUAAGCGACGUUCUCCAACACCAAAACGUUACAAAAGACAAAAGAGUAGGAGCUCUUCUCCAUCUCCUGCAAAAAGAUCACCUGCCACAACUCUUGAGGCAGCUAAACAGAGGAAUGGAGAAAAACUUAUAAGAGACGAGGAAGAGCGGAAAAGGCGACAACGGGAAGCAGAACUGAAGCUAAUAGAGGAAGAAACUAUGAAACGGGUUGAAGAAGCUAUUAGAAAAAAGGUUGAAGAAAACUUACAGUCAGAGAAAAUCAAAAUGGAAAUUCUAACGCUGUUGGAGGAAGGACGGAAGAGACUUAAUCAAGAAGUCGCUGCUCAACUUGAGAAGGAGAAGGAGGCUUCUCUUAUCGAGGCUAAAGAGAAAGAGGGUGUUAUGCGGUGUUUGUCGCAGGAAAGAGAGCAACAAGAGAGAGAUGAGAUGGAGAGAAUAGAGGAGGAGAAGCGUCAGAAAGAGGAAGAAGCUCAGAGAAAAGAAGCAAUGGAGAGGCAAAAGAAAGAAGAAGAACGUUAUCGGGAGCUCGAGGAGCUGCAACGACAGAAGGAAGAAGCGAUGAGAAGGAAGAAAGCAGAAGAGGAAGAAGAACGUCUGAAACAGAUGAAACUGUUGGGUAAAAACAAAUCACGCCCUAAGUUGUCUUUUGCCUUAAGCUCCAAGUGAAUAGAUGAAGAAAAAUGAAGCUUAGUUUGUUGUAAUGAUAUGCAUCUUCUUCCUCUCAGAAAACCAUAUUAACGAUUAUUAUUAUUAACGCUUCUUCUUUUUGAAAACAAUACACUGGACCAUGAUCCAAUAAGAUUGAUUCCGGAUUGUGUUUCAUCAU